AUGGCUGAAGAAAAAGGUGAAGGACCCGAAGACGUGGAUACGAUAGGAAUAUACGUAGGUGGUCGUAAUGUGGAAGGUGAACGACAUGGAGAGGGGUGGGCGGUGCUUCCUAAUGGAGACUUCUACCAAGGCUGCUACUUUCAAGGGAUGAGAAAUGGCAAAGGAGAAUGGCGUCACGCUAUGAAAUAUGGUGUCGGACACAUGACGUAUCCUGAUGGAUCGCGUUACGAAGGUGAUUGGAGGCAUGACUUGAAGCACGGUUUCGGAGCAUAUUACUAUCCAAAUGGCGAUAUUUAUGAAGGAGCUUGGUUUAAAGGCAAACGACAUGGUCUGGGAACAUAUUUCUACGCUGAAAAUCAGAUUAAGUUCAUGGGGACUUGGGUAGAUGGCGUUAUCGAAGGUCCAGGGCAGAUUAUGUAUCCUCGAAUACGUUUUCACGGCUCUUGGUACAAAGGAAUGCCUAAAGGGUCAGGUUGUUUCGUCUUCGACACCAAUUGUAUGCAGCACGGUUUCUAUUUGCUGACUAAAGAUCCUGAUUACGAAGAGUUUGGAGAAGGUGAAGAAGAAAAGGAAGAAAAAACAGAAAAAGAUGAGAGAUUAGAAGAGGGCGAGGAAGAAUUAGAGGUUGACGAGACUUUAGGUAAAGUCGCAGUAUGGCGCGCUCGCAACGUAACCGCGUAUAUGGCGGAGUUCCUUCCACCUGAACCCGUUCCUCUACCGGUGCACGACUCCAUUCCAUCUCUCGCGGUUGAGAGUAUAGAGACUGAUGUCUUACGAUUCGAGCCACCAUCAAUAGCUGCAGAAGGUGACGAUGACAAUGACUCCUGGCUUCUUCACAGGCAACAAUUUCUAGAAGAAGCUGAGCAAAGAGAUUAAAUAUAAUAAUUUUUUUCAUUUUAUUAUCUGUCACAUGCUUAUAAGUUCUCUUUUACUUGAAUAAAAUUUAAUGAAAUAAAAAA